AAAAACCCUUCCAUUCACCCGCAGCUCCCAUCCUCUCGCUCGCCAGGAGAAGCAGCCGCCGUUGCUGCUGCCGCGUCCACAGAAUGGGGGGUUUCGUGAAGACUCAUAAGACCAAUGCGUAUUUCAAACGUUUCCAAGUGAAAUUCAAGAGAAGGCGGGCUGGCAAGACAGACUACAGGGCCAGGAUAAGGCUGAUUAACCAAGACAAAAACAAGUACAACACACCCAAAUACAGAUUUGUUGUGCGAUUUACCAACAAGGACAUCACUGCCCAAAUCAUAUCUGCUAGUAUAGCGGGUGAUAUGGUUCUUGCUUCUGCCUACUCGCAUGAGUUGCCACGAUAUGGUCUUGAAGUUGGUCUGACCAACUAUGCAGCUGCCUACUGCACUGGCCUUCUGUUGGCUCGCCGUGUGCUCAAGAUCCGUGGUUUGGAUCAGGAGUACGAGGGCAAUGUUGAGGCCACUGGUGAGGACUUCUCUGUUGAGCCAGCUGAUGAGAGGAGGCCUUUCCGUGCUCUCUUGGAUGUUGGCCUUAUCAGGACUACAACAGGGAACCGUGUCUUUGGUGCCCUCAAGGGAGCAUUGGAUGGAGGCCUGGAUAUUCCUCACAGCGAGAAGAGGUUUGCUGGAUUCAAGAAGGACGACAAGCAGUUGGAUGCUGAUACCCACCGCAGGUACAUCUAUGGUGGCCAUGUUGCUGACUACAUGAAGAACCUUGCUGAAGAGGAGCCAGAAAAGUACCAGAGCCACUUCAGUGCGUACAUUAAGAAGGGAGUUGAGGCUGAUGAAAUAGAAGCGCUGUACAAGAAGGUCCAUGCUGCCAUCCGUGCCGAUCCUUCCAUUGUUAAGUCAACCAAGCAGCCACCAAAGGAGCAUAAGAGGUACAACCCCAAGAAGCUGACAUAUGAGCAGAGGAAGGCCAGCCUCAUUGAAAGGCUCAACCAACUCAACUCCUCCGGUGGUGCUGAUGACGACGAUGAGGACGACGAGUAAAGUUAAUUGCCAUCGAAGUAGUGCUAUCUCAAUCCAGCGAUCAGCAAUUGUGUACUGUCUUAUGCGGGGACCUGUAGUACUGCAAUAGGCAUUUUUGUUUAAGUUUUGCGAGGUGAACAAAACUGUUUCUGUUAGUUUCGAGCUUGAGCUCUCAAUGUUUACUCUUUACAUUGAAA